AUGCCUCUCAACGAGCGUGAAACAGCGGACUUGAGAGCUGCCCUGCAAGUGGCCGUGGUGAAAUGCUCGGAGAGAUGUUUAUAUCAGUCUGCGAAGUGGGCUGCAGAGCUAUUGACAGCGAUACCAACGCCAGAUAUCUCUUCAGAGCCGGAGGACUCGCAGAUGACCGAAGUUCCUUUGGAGGGCCUACCCCCAAUUGUUGUGACCGGCAACAUCGACCCUGAUGAAGCACAGAUGGAGGCGAGAGAGAUCAAUCAAUAUCUUUUGGCAAAGUCGUUUUUUGAUUGUCGAGAAUAUGAUCGUUGCGCUGCUGUGUUUUUACCAGACACUGUCCUUUCCGGUAUUCUGUCAACAGCAGCACCGAAGAACCCAAAUAUAUCGACACCGAAAGGGAAGGGAAGAGGGAAGGCAUCAUCUACUCGAACAAGCUCCGCUGUUGGACCCAAAACACCAAGGCUGAGCCAGAAAAGUCUAUUCUUGGCACUAUAUGCCAAAUUCAUGUCAGGCGAGAAGAAAAAGGACGAGGAUAGUGAAAUGGUCAUGGGUCCACAUGAUGGGGGAAAUACUAUCAAUAAGCAAUUGGUGACAAUUGCUCGAUUCUUGGAAGGAUGGUUUGCAGAGCGGACGACGGAGAAUGGGGAUGUCAUCGGGAGCCAAGGCUGGCUCGAAUACCUCUACGGUAUGGUUCUUGCAAAAGACAAGAAUGAGGAAGAAGCCAUGCGUUGGCUUAUUCGAAGCGUGCACCUUUAUUCUUUCAAUUGGGGCUGUUGGUUGGAAAUGACUUCGUUAAUCAGUCGAGUCGAAGAUCUCAAUCGAAUAUCUCCGCACCUCCCGCAGAAUAUUCUCUCCUUUAUAUUCCAUCUUCACACCUCACUCGAACUCUACCAAUCAACACCGUCACUUUCCAAUUCUUUAAAUCAGCUCCUUUCAAUAUUCCCAACGAGUCCUUUCCUCCUCACAUGUCUUGCUCUCCUAGCUUAUCACACCAAAGAUUUCGUCACGGCCGAUGCUCACUUCAGCAAUCUCCUCGCUCUUCAUCCACAUAGACUAGACUCACUUGACCACUAUUCCAACAUCCUUUACGUCAUGAAUUUACGGCCAAAAUUGUCAUUCCUUGCACAUCUAUGCUCUUCGGUCGAUAAGUUCCGUCCAGAGUCCUGCGUUGUAAUUGGAAAUUAUUAUUCUCUCCUUUCCUCACAUGAAAAGGCUGUACAGUAUUUUCGGCGAGCCCUUACGCUCGAUAGAUCAUGCCUGAGUGCUUGGACACUCAUGGGACAUGAAUAUGUCGAACUAAAGAACACCCACGCGGCUAUUGAAUCCUACCGUAGAGCAGUCGAUGUCAACAGGAGAGAUUACAGAGCUUGGUAUGGUUUAGGCCAAACUUAUGAGGUGUUGGAAAUGCAUGCGUAUGCCUUAUGGUACUACAAACGUGCAGCAGGACUACGACCUUGGGAUGGCAAGAUGUGGAUGGCAGUUGGAUCUUGCCUCCAAAAGAUGGGACGUGACUUGGAAGGAAUUAAAGCGCUGAAGAGAGCUUUGUUGGCUGACAGCUAUUAUGAUGCUGGCGCAGGAAGCUCUUUCGGAAGCGGUGGGCGAGAGCGAGGUGGAACUAUGGACCCCGAGAUUCUCCUUCAAAUCGCUGGAAUGUACGAACGACUCGAGGAUGAUGCAGAGGCCAGAGCUUACAUGGAGAUGUGUGUUGCGCAAGAAGAAGGAGCAGCCGAUAACCUGGAGGCCUCUGUUAUCAAUAUUCAUGCAGAUUCGCAAUCAUCAGAUGACGAGUCACGGCCUGGUGCUGGCACUGGUGCAGCAGACUCAGGAGCGGGAACUGGCGUUACUGCUGCGACUUCCAGAGCGAGGAUGUGGUUGGCGAAAUAUGCAAUGAGGACUGGCGAUUAUACAAGAGCAAUGCAAUUAGCGACGGAGUUGUGUCAGGACGGCGUCGAGGUUGAGGAAGCAAAAGCAUUGGUCAGGGAGGUACGGGUCAGGCUGGAGGGUGGAGGCGAUCAAUAA